AGGAGUUUAGUAUAUGUAUACUGUAAUCAAGAAUUCAGUAUGUAGAAUCCAAUUAUCAAAACCAUAGAUCUUGAACUAGGACAGGACCCAGGCAAGAAUUUGCCCCUCUCUACAAAAUCCCCCCACCACCCUCCAUUUUCUUCCCCUGUUUUUCCCAUCUCUCUCUCUCUCUCUCUGUGAGAACAAGAAGCCAGAGUCACCCUCAAAAUGCCGACAACUCAAGAGCUCCCAGAUUGUCACCUCCUGAAACCACCCACACUGAUCACCCCAAGCAGCCCAACGCCCCACCACGCGCUCUCCCUGUCCAACCUCGAUGACCAGAAGUUCCUCAGAUUCUCCAUCAAGUACCUCUACCUCUUCAGGAAAUCUGUGCCCCCCGAAUCCCUGAAAGCUUCCCUCGCCAAAGCGCUGGUGGAUUACUACCCAUUGGCCGGGAGAUUGAGGAGCGCCGGAAACGGUGACGGUGGCGGCGAUGACGAUCAGAGGCUCGAGGUGGAUUGCAACGGAGAAGGCGCUGUGUUCGCCGAGGCCUCCAUGGACAUCACCGUGGAUGAGUUCCUUGCGCUCUCGGAGUGGCCCAACAGUUCCUGGAGGAAGCUCCUGUACAAGGUGGAGGCUCCCAGCUUCCUCGGUGUCCCUCCCCUCGUAGUUCAGGUGACCAAUCUCCGCUGUGGAGGCAUGAUCCUGUGCACCGCGAUCAGCCACUGCCUUUGCGACGGCGUCGGCACUUCCCAAUUCCUCCACGCGUGGGCCCACCUCAGCACAAAGCCGGACGCCUCCAUCCCCGUUCUACCCUUCCACGGCCGCCACGUGUUGAGGCGUCAAUUCCCUAUCCUCACAAACUCCCCUCACUCCGCAUACACCCGAUCCGUCCCCUCUUGGAAUGACAAAACUGUCGUCCCUGACAUCCACGGCUACCUCCAAUCCCAGCCGUUGAUCCCCGUGAGCAUCACCUUCACCCCGCCCGACAUCCUUCGCCUCAAGCGGCAAUGCGUGCCGUCCCUCAAGUGCACCUCCUUCGAGGCCCUCGCCACCCACACGUGGCGGUCCUGGAUCAGGUCCCUCGUCGAUCCCUCCUCCUCCUCUGCCUUGACAUCACUUCACGCCGUCAAGCUCCUAUUCUCCGUCAACGUCCGAGACAGGCUCGACCCGAAGCUGCCUCACGGCUACUACGGGAACGGGUUCGUGCUCGGGUGCGCUCCAGCCAAAGUGAGGGACCUCGUCGGGAGCAACCUGGCCGACGCGGUGAAGCUGGUGCAGACGGCCAAGUCGCGCGUGGAUGGGGACUACGUGAGGUCGGCGCUGGAGACGUUGGAGGACAAGGCGGCGAAGACGGAUCUGAGCGCCAGCUUGGUGAUAUCGCAAUGGUCGAACCUAGGGCUCGAGGGUGUCGACUUCGGGGAGGGCAAGGCGGCGUUCAUGGGGCCGUUGACCAGCGACGUGUACUGCCUGUUCCUGCCCGUCGCGGAGGAGCCUCAAGCGGUGCGGGUGCUGGUGUCGGUGCCGGAGCGCGCGGCGGACAGGUUCGAGUUUUACAUGAAGGGUUUUGUGGAGCGAGAGGAGAAGAACGUGAAUGGGUGCGGUGGGGAAGGAGAUGGAUUGAAUUGUGAGGACCUGUGAAUAUGUCCAUACAUGGCGUCACGCGCACGUACGAUGUUGAUCGAGUUUCGAAAUGAAAAAAAGCGCUCAGUAGAUCGACUCGGGUGUUCUAAUAGAAUGGUAAUGACCAAAAA